GCCAACAAUCACCGAGAGCAGAACGAUGCACAACAGCGUGAGAGCUGCUGCGGCACAGGAGCAUGGCAGAGUUGCCGUUGCUCGGUUGCAUCCAUCCGGUCAAAGAAUAUCCACACUCUCCAAAUGGAGGGAACACGGGAGCCAGCACGACCCAUUGGAGGCCUUGUGUAUGCUCAUCGACAAUGCUGUGGAACGCAAGGCUCCGAUGGUGAACGUUGUUCUCGAGGAGACCAAGGCAUGGACGCCUGCAGGACGUGCAGCUGGGAAGCGGGUGCCCCGCUUUCUUCUCAUCGCAGACAACGGGCCGGGAAUACCGCCAGCAGAAGUCACGACCAUGCUUCAACAAGCCACGGACCCGUUUGUGCGACGGCUUCUCAGCAGCGCAAUGGCCAUCGGUGAUGGAGUGAUGAUAUUUUCCCGCCAAGACCGCGUGCAUCUGACGGCCGCCAUGAUCUCCUUCAAGCUUCUUGCAGCCUUUGACCUUGAGCACGUGCGAGGGUGUGCAAUGCCCUUCGCCCAGCUCACCUGGCACAUCGUUGAUGAUGCACCCGUUGUUGUGGACGCCAAGGGCGAUGCUGCCAUCCACCGCCACGCCAUCCUCACCUCCUCCCCCUUCACCACCGUCUCCGCCCUCAUGCACCAGUUUGCCCGCAUCCCAGAUGAGGGCACGAUGGUGUGCGUGUUUGGCAUGAACACGACGACAUCGUGCGGGACACCACAACAGCCAACCUUCACGAGGACCCACCGCGACAUUCUUCUUGCAGCCGCCACUUCGCCAGACCAAGGAGAUGCCAAGCGCUCGCUGCGUCGUAGGCUUGAGAUGCUGUACAUGUGUCCGCGAAUUCAGAUGCACAUCAACGGAACGCGCGUACAGCCGCGCCUGCCAUGGGCUCACCUGUAUCGCCCCGUUGAGGUUGCUUGUGCGUUUGCCCCCGGGUUUGGCCCGCUAACGGCUGUGUUUGGCGUCAACACACACAAGCGUGGCGACGAGGGCUUGCUGAUCUACUCAGCAGGCAGACUUGCUUCCUGGUACCAACACGUCGGCCCGCAAGUUGUCGGCGCGCCCUGGGACAAGGAUGGCUGCGGUGGUGUCGUUGCUGUUGUUGAUGUUAACGCCGAUCAACUGCAAGCCACUUCAUCAUCAUUAUCAUCGCCACCAUCAUUAUCAUCGCCACCAUCAUCAUCAUCGCCACCAUCAUCAUCAACAACACCGCUUCGAACAAAGGACAAGCGCGCCAUUCGACGCGCUGUGGCGAAGACGAUGCCGCUGUAUUGGCGGCGCUUUUGCAACGAGGAGCAGAUUGCAUCACGCGCGGACCUGGAUGCCUUUUGGAGCAAGCAUGGCUAUCCUUCGGAUAGCGCAAGCAGAAAGGCGUGGGGGGUACGCCUGCGCGAUGACAACCCAUCACACCGGUCUUUUGUGCAGUGCGAACAUUGUGGGCGCUGGAAGCAGACAGCUGUGCACACCAGCGAUGACGGGACAAGCGACGCGACCUCGAAGAGAAGCGGUGUUGUCCAUGGUGAUGGAGACACUGCAGUCACCGAGCAUCAACUUGGAAGGAGCGACAAAGAAGGCGCUGGCAGCUCUUUCUCUUUCGUCCACAGCGUUAUGUGCUGUUGCUCUUCACAGACCAUGAAUUCGUCGCAUCGUCUUCCACAGUUGAAGAUUGACGUGCUCUCACGUCAUCAACUCGACUGCGCCAUCACGGCCAUCCUCGCCAGACAGGCGCAAGAUACUGCGACACCGACACCGGGAUUGAGCGAGCUCAGCGAUGUGUCGAGUGAUGAUGACGACGACGACGACGACUAUGAUGUUGGUGAUGAUGAGGAUGUCGAUAUCUGCGCGCCACACACCUCGUCACCACAGCUGCCAAAGACACCAGAGCCAACACCUCCUACAGCCACCGCCACCGCUGACACUGCCGCUUCCAGCACCGGCUCGCCACCACAACGACCAUCAUCAUCGCCAUCGUCACCACCAUCAUCGCCAUCGUCUUCAUCGUCACUGCUGGUGACCGCGCCGUGGAUGCCGCCAGAAAUCAUCAUUUGCCGGAACCUCAAGAAGGCGCUGUUGCAUCUUCUCCCGGACAGCGCAUUGGCGAGCAUCGCGGGCAGUAGGCGUGGUGUUGAGGAGCUGAUCGUGCCCGAGUUGACCAAAGUUGCCCCCGAUGGUGUCGUGGGUAUGUAUCGUGACAGCAUGACGCAAUUAACCACGUCACUCGACCAACGAUUGGAGGCUGCUGAGAGGGAGGCCGAUGCCACGGAAGCGCGUGUGUCUGCGCUGGUGUCUGCGCUCGGCCCGUUCUUGACAACUCUCAACGGGCGGAAGGAGCCGGAGUUCGACACAUCCAAGCCAGAGAAUGUUGUCACUGUGCUUGCUUCGUUGGCGGACGCGUGCGAGCAGUUGGAUCCAAAGUGGAUGCUGUUGAGGGAGGCACGGUUGGACUGAGCGACAUUGUACAAGCGUCUUUAUGGUUGCUGUAACUUGACACAGGUGCAGGCGUUAUUAAACCACAGACUAUAUCCAUGAAGCCUACGACAAUCACAAGGUGUACGUUGUCUUGUUUGUGUGUCAUCAAAGCAUAAAACAGCG